CACGUGUUGUGUUUGUGUUGGGAAGGUGCUGUAGCUAGCUAACAUAAUGUUAAUGGUGGAAACCUCGAUAUUAUGAUGUAGUCUGAAGUGUAAUAUGGUAUAAAAUGUUCAACGUUACUAUUCUUUAGCUGGAAAGCUGUAUGUCAGUAAUGUUAUAUUGCUUUCCCUAAACACAAACCCACACACACCCACAGACAGUAAACAGAGAGGACAUGCGUUCCCUGAGUUUUGUUCAGCGUGUGUGUUUGGACUUCACAGGUUCUCUGUUUCCUCAUGCCAUCUGCCUCGGAGACGCCGAUAAUGACUCUUUAAAUGAACUUGUGGUCGGUGACACGAGUGGGAAGUUAUACAUCUAUAAGAAUGAUGACUCCAAGCCCUGGAUCACUAGAACAUGUGUAGGAAUGCUUACAUGUGUGGGAGUAGGAGACCUCUGUAACAAAGGCAAGAACCUUGUGGUGGCUGUAGGUGCAGAAGGCUGGUUCCACCUGUUUGAUAUCACCUCCGCUGCAGCCAAAGCCGAAUCCUCCAGCCAGCCCGAGUGUUUGUUCGGGGAUGACCAGAAGCCGUGUUUUACACAGCACAUCCCAGCUAACACGAAAGUCAUGCUCAUCAGCGACAUCGACGGUGAUGGACGCAGCGAGCUGGUUGUGGGCUACACCGACCGCGUAGUGCGAGCUUUCCGCUGGGAGGAGCCGUCUGAUGCCACAGACCUGACAUCUGGUCAGCUAAUUCUGCUGAAGAAGUGGCUUUUGGAGGGACAGGUGGACAGUUUAUCAGUAAACCCAGCUCCAGAUGGCAGGCCUGAGCUCAUGGUCUCUCAGCCAGGCUGUGGUUACGCCAUCCUGCUCUGUUCCUGGACACAAGAUGGCAGUGCAACGACAGGAGAGAGCCGCAUGGCAGCAUCUGCAGGAGAAGGGCCCUCUAGAGACGUGGUUCUUCAUCUGACCACCGGUCGCAUUCAUAACAAGAACGUGUCGACCCAUUUGAUAGGCAGCAUCAGUAGGGGAUCGAAGGAUGAUGACUCAAAAGGAGGCUUAUUUGCUCUCUGUACUUUAGAUGGGACCCUGAAGCUCAUGGACAGCUCUGAGCAGCUCCUGUGGUCAGUGCAGGUGGAUCACCAGCUCUUCGCACUGCAGAAACUGGACGUUACAGGUGACGGCAGAGAGGAGGUGGUGGCGUGUGCCUGGGACGGCCAGACCUACAUCAUCGACCAUAAUCGCAUGGUCGUCCGAUUCCAGUUCGAUGAGAACGUGAAUGCUUUCUGUGCCGGACUGUACGCGUGCAAGCAGGGUAAGAACAUCCCCUGUCUGGUGUAUGUGAGCUUCUGUCAGAAGAUCUAUGUGUACUGGAGAGUCGAGUUGGAGUGCAUGGAACCCACCAGCCUCAGGAGAGUGUUGGAGCAGAGACCAGAAUACACAGAUCUGCUGAGCAAGCUGGGAGUGGACACAAGUGACGCAGAAGCCGUUCGGAAGCUAAUCGGGGGCGUACUUUAUGGAGAUUCGGUAUGACGAGAAUAAAGAUGACACCAAGUACUUUUCAUAAAUGUUUUAUUGAUCUUUGAUUAAAUGUCUUCAGAAUCUUACUGUUCAUUUUGUGCUCACUUGCUGUUCACUUUUUGUUAAGUGCUGUGUCUAAUUUCAUUCAGAUCAAAAGAUCAAGCAAGUUGUUUACUUCCAAAAAAAACAAGUUUGAAAAUGUGAAUCAUUGUGUUUCUUUCUUGAACACAUUGUUUGGUCAUCUUUUACAUCUGCUUGAGGACGAGAGAAAAAAAAUACACAAACUUGUCCUAGUAAAGAGCAUGUUGUAAAUAAUAAAUACACAAUGAAGAC